AUGUCGACGACCAGCCCUAUCAUCUUCUACGACAUCGCCAUGAAGGCCCCCCUGGAGAAAAACUGCUGCUCUCCAAACCCGUGGAAAACCCGACUGGCGCUCAAUUUCAAAAAUCUCCCAUACUCGACCUCAUGGGUCCCUUUGCCCGAUAUCGGGAAAGUCCGCAGCAAUCUCAACGUACCAGCCUGUCGCAAAUUCGCCGAUGGCACAGACUUCUUCACCUUACCUAUCAUCGAGGAUCGCACCACUGGUUCGUUGGUCGGCGACUCCUUCGAUAUCGCAGUCUACUUACAGAACACGUAUCCGGACUCGGGAGCGGGCGAUCUUUUCCCGCCUCAAAAGCUCGAGUUCGUCCUGCCGGAGGGUCCUGCAUUACUUGUACCGCUUACAGAGUGUCGCGAAAGUGGGUUUCCAGAAUACGCCAAGUUCAAUGUGAAUGUCGACGCGGCUUUUACUGCACAUGUACAGCUUGGGGUUCAGGGUCUUCCGUUCGAUCCAGCUACUGCUGAGAUCAGUAGGGCGGAAUUCGUCAGGCGCGCGGGUUUCACGUCCUGGGAUGAUUUUGCGCUGGUUGGCGAGGCGCGAGAGAAGACGAAAGAGUCGUUCCGGAAUACGUUGGGUGGUCUGGCUGAGCUAUUCUCAAGGGAUACUAGUGGGCCCUUUCUACUCGGAACAAGGGCUAGUUAUGCGGACUUGAUUGUCGGUGGGUGGCUGCGGAUGAUGAGCGUGACUCUACCGGAGAGUGAAUGGGAGGAGUUGAGAAGUUGGCAUGGAGGUCUUUUUGGGCAAUUGUAUGAUGCGUUACAGAUCACUCAAUACGCAAAUACCCCAGACAAGGAAGAACAGACAAGACCCAGGAACUUCUCAAUGCCGCUAAGCGGUUCUUCAGGAGAUAGAGUGUCUGGUCUAGACCACCCCCUGCAGAAACCUAUCGAUGCAACUAGAGUCGCAGAGAGCGGCAUUACGGCCGAAUCCAAGGUUCACAACGUAAAUCACAUUACUUUUCAGUUAGAAUCCCGAAUUGACUCUCAGAGGUCGAAACCCUCGUUCAAUGAGUUGAUAUGA